CUGUAGGUGAUGCUGUAGCUGAAGAUGAAGUUGUUGGUGAGAUUGAAACUGACAAGACAAGCAUUCCUGUAACAGCUCCAGCAUCAGGCAUCAUUGAAGAGCUGUUUGUCAGUGAUGGAGAUAAAGUAGAAAGAGAUCAGCAGCUUUUCAAACUUAAAAUAACAGGUGAAGCACCCAAGAAAGAGACUCCAGAGCCAACUGUAUCAGAGCCAGCAACUCCUACAUCUCCACCACCACCAUCCCCUGCUGCAGAACCUGUAGUUAGAGACAUACCAUCAUCAGCUCCACCAGUUCCUCCAUUGCCUACAGCACCACUUCACGAGAUUAAACCAUCUGUUCCAACUCCUGUUGCAAUGCCAACAGCAACAGUUGAUGUGCCAGUGAAGGGGGCUCGUUCUGAGCAUCGGGUUAAGAUGAAUCGUAUGCGUCAAAGAAUUGCUCAAAGAUUAAAGGAUUCACAAAACACUUAUGCAAUGCUCACAACCUUCAAUGAUGUUGAUAUGAGGUGAUGGAGAUGCGUAAAACUCACAAGGAUGCAUUUUUUAAGAAGCAUGGAAUCAAAUUAGGCUUCAUGUCGGCAUUUGUGAAGGCAGCAGCUUUUGCACUUCAAUCUGAACCUGUUGUUAAUGCAGUUAUUGAAGGGAAUGAGAUUGUUUAUAGAGACUAUGUUGACAUUAGUGUUGCUGUCUCAACACCAAAGGGUCUAGUUGUUCCAGUUAUUCGUAAUGUGGAAACAAUGAACUAUACAGAUAUUGAAAGAGCUAUCAACCUAUUAGGAGAAAAGGCAAGGAAUAAUGAGUUAGCUAUAGAGGACAUGGAUGGAGGUACUUUCACUAUCUCUAAUGGAGGUGUUUUUGGGUCACUGAUGGGUACACCAAUUAUCAACCCACCACAAUCAGCUAUAUUGGGAAUGCAYGCCAUCAAUGACAGACCAGUAGCAGUAAAUGGAAAGGUUGAAAUUCGACCAAUGAUGUACGUUGCUUUGACAUAUGAUCAUCGUCUCAUUGACGGCAGGGAAGCAGUCACAUUCCUGAGAAAAAUCAAGGCAGCAGUGGAAGAUCCUCGUGUCAUUUUAAUGGACCUAUAACUGUCUCUUUUUUAACAUUUCUUAUUGCAUCGUCUCCUUUACUUUUGGGACAACAAUGAUUUUUGUGUGACAGUCACACUAGAAAGAUUGYGUGACCAUCACCCAUGAGAUUUUGUGACUGCAGACUUGUGGGAUUGUAUAACAAUAGUUGUAACAAGAAUGUUGCAUAAUAUGAGGACAAUGUUGUGGCAGGAAUAAAGACUGUAGCAGUUCAAUAGGAAUUGAUGGUAAAAUUUGGACUUAACCUUGAUAGCUUGGUGGUUUGGUAAUAUACCCAAUAUUUAGACAUUUGAUAARCAAUCUUGGUAUUGGUUAUCACUCUGCAUAGCCUCCAUGGAGCACAAUAAACUUCUUAUUGAUUUUGAUGCUCUUUUAUGUAGUAUAACUUUAGUUCAAACAAACAAUAAAUUUUGAAUGAGAAAUAUAAAUAA